AAAAGAGAAGCAUCAUCACAAUUAACACUCAUUAGCUGAGUAAAAUCAAUCUACUAAGUGAUCUCCCCACCGAGAACCAUGCUGGACUGCAGUAAAAGCUGGUACACUUCCUUGGUUGUGCUGCUUGCACUUUUUGGAUGCAUCACAGCUGCACCCAGUAACUAUCGUCGACCUACCAGAGUGGGUCUUGUGUGCUGUGAGUCAGUCUCCAAAGCAAUUAUACCGCAACAUAUAAAGCUUACUGCAUACAAGCGCCAGAAUGCCCUAAAACCCUGUGUGGAAGCUGUCAUAUUUUUCACCGAGAAUGAAAAAUAUUGCUCUGACCCUGCUGCACGCUGGAUCCCAAAGAAAAUGAAAGGUUUGAAAGAACUCACUGAUUGAAAAUGCUGGACAGAUUGUUUGCAGCCACCUUUUUAUUGCUUCAAUAAUUUCACAUACAUAAAAAAGAAAAAAAAAAAGUUGCAUUAAUGUACUGCAUUUUAAAGAGUUUUGCAUGCACUGCAAGGUAGAACAAGACAAUUAACUCAUAAAUCAACAUACAGUAACAAAGAGUUGGGAACUAAGCAAUUUUUUAUGACAUUAUAAGCUUUGCUAUAACCCUUUAAAGCCUUUUAUCACUUUUCUAAAUGUGAUUACAUGUGUUUAAAUACCUGAUUAGUCAAGAGUCAAGUCAAGAAGCUUGCAUUGUUUAUUGAUUAAUACAAAUAAUGAUGCAUAGCAGAAUGCUUAACCCUUAAAAUUUAAUCGUUUUUGAAAGAGAAUGCAGAGAGUGCUUAAUUAUGUACAAUGUAUGUGGUUAUGUUACAUAUGUACAACAUUUUUGGAAGCCUUAAGGCUUAACUUUGUACUCUGUAUGUUAAUCCCUCUGUCUUCUUUAUCAGUAUGGAUCCCAAGUAAAAUAUUACUUUCUUACUUAAUAAUUUUUGCUUCAGGUCAACUCCUAUUGAAAAUUAAUGUAAUAUUAUCUAUAUGAUAUAUGGCAAGAUUUGCAGCAUAUUUUAUCAUUUAAAUUGUCUGCACUUUCACGAUUAUAUAAAUUCUGCAUAAUAAAACACCAUUAC